AUGGCGCCGCCGCGGUGCCUGCCGCGGGUGCCGCUGCUCGCCCUGGCGCUCGCCCUGCUCGGCCCCGCCGCCGCCGCCGCCGAGGGGGAGCCGCGCUGGGCCCCGGCGCUGCAGGCGGCGGAGGGGCUGGCGGAGGAGCUGUGGGGCGCGGGGCUGCCCGGCGACCUGCCCGAGCUGGAGCCCGAGUGCCGCAGGCUGCUGGCCGCCUUCGCGGAGGGCAGCGCGGCGCUGACGGACUGCCUGGGCCGGCGCGCCCGCCCGGUGCGGCUGUGCCAGGGCUGCCACCAGCACUACCGCCGCCUGCUCGCGCUGUACGGCGGCAUCGCCCGCGCCGUCGGGAAUUCUUCUGAGAGCCACAAUUGUGCCAAAAGCAUCUUGACCUCAGACAGGCUGCAGAUAGUUGUGACCCUUUCGGAGUUCUUUAACGAAACCUGGGAGGCAGCCAACUGUGCAAAUUGUUUAAAGAAUAACAGUGAGGGAUUAUCAAAUUCUACUGAAGAAUUCCUGGAUUUAUUCAAUAAAUCUUUGACAUGUUUUGAACAUAACCUUCAGGGACAAACCGUUUAUCUGUCACCGAAUAACUACACAGAAGUGUGUAAGAACUGCAACGAAACCUACACAAAGUUGAAUGACCUGUAUAACAACUUGCAGAGGAUGAACAGGCAAGGUGGAGAGUCUGGGCACUCGGCACACUUGUGUAUCGACGUGGAAGAUGCAAUGAACAUCACUCGGAAGCUUUGGAGCAGGACUUUCAACUGUUCUUUUCCCUGCAGUGACACAGUCCCAGUGAUUGCAGUUUCGUCCUUUAUUCUCUUCCUACCUAUUGUUUUUUAUCUUAGUAGCUUCCUCCACUCAAAGCAGAAGAAACGGAUACUCAUUUUGCCCAAGCGCAUCCAGUCAAAUGCCAGUCUUGUGAACAUCCAAGAAAAAUACAGCUGAGCUGCAAAACAAAACCUGAGAACUGCUGCUGGUAUACAGUGGGUACAAUUGUGUUGGAAUGAGGCCGGCACAAAAGAGGAGUUAAUUAUGGUUUAGUGUAAUGAUACAGAGCAACACAAGUUAAACAAAAUGCUGUCUGACUUCUAAGCGAGGGUAUUAACAAACAUGACAAGGCAGGGCUGUGUGACACUGUAUGGACUCUGGUUUUGAAAAAUCUUUGGUGGUGUUUUUUUUUCAGUCUCGGGCUGAAGCGGGUGUUUUUCUGUUUCUAAGCUUUUGUAGUUCACAUCAGGAGACCAGCUACACUUUCCUUGCGUGGUGUUUUCCUAUAUUCAUCAUAUUUGUUUCACAAAACCUGAGAUUUUGAAUCCUUUUGAGGUGAUUUUGAAAGACAGACAAAACUUGAAAUAACGUUUGAUGUUCCUGCUUAAAACAUUAUUUCUAAUUUCACAUAAUAGUCAGAAUUAGGAUGGACAGGAAACCUUUAAAAAAGAAAAAGUUCCCAUCUGUCCUAUACCACUGUAAAGUCAAGCUUUAAAAGCAUGGGAUCUGUUAAAAAAAAAAACCAAACAAAACAAAACCAAAAAGGCAUGAAAAAUGAAGAGAAAGUGGUAAUAUGUAGUGUCCAAAACAGCAACAAAAGCAGCACAACUGCUAGUGCUGGACUUGAAUAGUAAUCAUUGAUGGCUACAGUAUUCAGUUAUCUCUGGAACAGGUGGCAUAUUUAGUCUUUUGCACACUUUAACCACUAAAAUAAUUGCUUUUCAAAUGCUAUAUUUUCAGAGGUUUAUUUUACGUGUCUGCUUGGGUAACGAUGUUUCACUGUCUUUAUUGUGCCAUUUCCUUUCCUUUUUAAGUAUAAAAUGUUCUGGGGUUUUUUAAUGUUUUUGUAGAGGAGAAGUGAGGUAAAGUCAAGUCACUGGAGAUGCUGGAUUUCCUGUUCUAGAACUUGCUAUGGCUUAAUACAGAGGUGUUUACAGGAACUUUGUAGGGGAGAAGUUGCCUUUUCUAGAUAACAUUUGUUUUAGCAGUAAGUGAACCAGAGGGUUCUCUAACUUAAAAAGUGUUCUGAAGGACAAUGAAUAUACUGUGCUGGAAAUUAGUGACUUUCAAGAAAUAGUGUAAAAAUAUUAUUCCUGUGAAACAGAUGGAUGUUAACAAAUUUGAGCUUGCAGAAUUCCAAAGCUGAUGGAGAAAUUAGUGCAAUAACUGCAGGAAUGGGUCGUGCUGCUGUCACUCUGUGGGCACAAUUCAGUGGCUGCAGCAAUACUGGCAGUUCAGUUUGUUUAUUGUAUUUCUGAUCUGGGAGAGUGGUGGAAUUGAAAUGACUUACAGCAGUACCUGGGGUUAAUGAAUGUCAGAGUCUUUGCUCCAAUUUUUAAAUGUGUUUUCUCAUCUUGAGAUUAAAAAAUAAUGGCCAUUACAGCUAAAAAAAUUUAAAUUUCUCUUGCAAUCUGUCUGAUGUCUGUCAAAACCCUGCAUGAAAUUGUCUUAUCUAUUUGAUUUGCUUUGGAGCCCAUAAUGUUAAAUUUUUUCUUUACUCUAAGGCUCAAAUAAAUCUAUAACAGUGUAACAAAACAGUCCUAAAGCUCUUCAAAUCAUCGGUUUUCUUGUUUUCUUUUUUUUUUUUUGUUAGGACAUACUGUUUAUUUUUGUUAGGACAUACUGUUUAUUUUGAAGUCAAGUUAACAGUAUAUUUAAUAAUAAGUAAAAUACUGUGUUAGCAAUUGGUCCCACCCACAAUUGCCUUUUUGUGUUUUACCAGUAAGAAGUAUCUGUCUCCUGCUGCUUAACAUGUGAAUUAUGAGAUCAACUUUGUUUUAGGUAGCUUACAACAAUAAUAUAAAACUGUUUCUCUUGCUUAUUCCAUGAAGUUAUCUUCACGUGGCUGGGAGACGCAUGCUGCCUUUAAAUUAAAAAAAGAUUAUUUUUUUAUAUCUAUUAUUCUUAAACUUCAACUUUCUGGGACUUAAUUCAGCUGCCUGCUCUAAUAGCAUUACAUUGAUUUGGGACAUCAUAUGAUUGAGAGCUGUUCAAAGGAAUCUUUCAUUCGUGCAGAUAAAGCCAGUUUGAAUGUGCAGCAUUUCAGAAUGACAGCUUUUAUACUGUAAGCAGUGGCUUUUUGAGCACAUUCAUGUUAAGUAGGUCUGAAAGUCAUUACUUUUGGAUAUGGUGGUUAAGCACUUUAAAAAAAAAAAUCAGCUUUUCUUAUUUUCCUCGCUCCUAAGCCAAACGGAAAUACUCAUGUGACUUUUGUUGUUUCUGAUUUUAAAGCAGCAGCAAAGUUUACACUUGAGAUUUUUAAUAAUACAUCUACUAUUUUCUCCUUUUUUCUUUUUUUUUUCCCUUGCCCCAAACUUUGUACUAUUAACUUUCUUUACACAGUGUUAUAUUUUUGGUAGGAUAUUUCAUACAUGAAUUGAUUGAAUUAUCUUUAUACUCUAUUUGCUAGAGAAAUGUGGAAGCACACAGACUGUGUUGAAAGAGAAAUAGAAUUCUUUUUGCUGCUAGUCUUUCAUCUUGGUUUAUUUUUUGCCUUUUUGGUAUUACAUGUAUUAAGUAGCAUAAACUUUGAAAUACUGAUUGUUUGUAUCUUUUCUGUGCAAAUAAAGAUUUCUUACUGUGGGAUAGCACUUUGAUUCAUAUUUAUACUUACUAGGAAACCUCUAAACAUGGAAAGUCAGCUGUAAUAAAGAUUGUUGAUAUACAA